UGCGAUAUAUGAUCCAUUUGAUAUAUCCGAUACAAAUGAUACAAAUGAGAUAUACGAUCCAUUUUUUAUAUUAGAUAUAAAUGAUACAAAUGAUAUAUAUGGUAUAUACGAUCGAGAUGAUAUAUAUGAGACUAAUAUAAAGGAUAUAUGUGAGAGAUAUAGUGAGAUAUAUCCUAGAAAUAGAGAGAAGAGUACUUUUGUUCCAAUAGAUUAUAGUGAUCCCAAUUGUAUGGAAAAAUUAGCUCGUUUAUGGGUUCAAUGCAAAACUUGCUAUGGACUCAAUUUUAAGCAAUUUUUCCGACCCAAAAUGAAUAUUUGCGAACACUGUGGCGAGCAUUUGAAAAUUAGCAGUUCAGAUAGAAUCGACCUUUCGAUUGAUCGAGAUACUUGGAAUCCUAUGGAUGAAGACAUGGUUUCUGUGGAUCCCAUUCAAUUUGAUUCGAUUAAAGAAUUGGAGGAAGAAGAGGAAAAAGACCCAUCUUAUAUCCAUCGUCUUGAUUUUUAUCAAGAAAAGACAGGAUUACCGGAGGCGGUUCAAACAGGCACAGGUCAACUAAAUGGUAUUCCUUUAGCACUAGCUGUUAUGGAUUCUGAGUUUAUAGCGGGUAGUAUGGGAUGCGUAGUGGGUGAGAAAAUCACUCAGUUGAUCGAAUAUGCUACCAAUCGACUUUUACCUCUUAUUAUAGUAUGUGCGUCCGGAGGAGCGCGUAUGAAAGAAGGAAGUUUGAGCUUAAUGCAAAUGGAUAAAAUUUCUUCUGCUUUAUAUAAUUAUCAAAUCAAUCAAAAGUUAUUCUAUGUAGCGAUACUUACAUCUCCGACUACUGGUGGGGUAACAGCUAGUUUUGGGAUGUUGGGGGAUAUCAUUAUUGUCGAACCUAAUUCAACCAUUGCAUUUGUGGGUAAAAGAGUAAUUGAACAAUUGUUGAAUAAGGAAGUGCCUGAAGGUUCCCAAUCGGCUGACCUUUUAUUCGACAAGGGCUUAUUGGAUGCAGUCGUACCACGUCAUCUUUUAAAGGAGUUUUUAACUGAGUUAUUUCAGUUCCAUGGUUUCGUUCCUUUGACUUAAAAUUGGACUGAAAAUGAAAACUAAUGCAGACAUUUUAUUUAUGUUUUUCAAAUUUGAUGACGAGAUCCAAUCCGAGUAGAUAAGAGGCUAUGGCUAUGAUACAAAAAUAAAAUUAGAACACACAAGAGUAAAGUAAUAAGAUAAGAAUAAAAAAUAAUGUGUAUAAAUAAAAUAUGAAAUUGAGGUAUCCCAUUUUAUGAUAAACUUACCAUCCCUUUUUGUUCCUUUAGUAGGCCUACUAUUUCCGGCAGUUGCAAUGGCUUCUUUAUUUCUUCAUGUUGAGAAAAGACUUUUAUUUUCCACAAAAAAAUCAACUAAAUAUAUGAAAAAGAUAACUCAGAAUAUUCGAAGGAUUACUAUAUAUAUAAUAUAUCUAGUA